AGAGAAGAAAAAAACCGGUUUAAGCAUCUUCCACCUCUUGCAUGAGAAGUCCUGAUUUUCCAUCCAAUCCGGAAACCCACACGGUCAUGUCAUUUCAAGAGCAGACUGCGGACUAUUGGAUCCAAAAGCUGGGUCUUUGGCCCCACCCAGGACAUGAGACCGGGUUCUUGAACGAGGUGUUUCGAGACGCAUUUCAAGUCUCGGGCUGGAACGGAGACCCACGAAAUUCGGCCACCAAUAUCUAUUUUCUGCACAAGCCCGUCGACUCGCCGUUGAAUGACGCAACAGUCCUGUUCCGGAUGAAGAACAAUGAGCUGUUGAACUUCUACUGCGGCCAUCCGUUAACCUUGUACAUCAUGGAGGAUGGCAGCAAGUGCUCAGAGUUCAAGAGCGUAGUUCUGGGACCCAAUCCCGAGGAAAACCAAUGUUUCUUUUUUGCCAUUCCUCGAAAUACCUGGUUUGUUCGACGUCUCGAAAGCACCCAAGCCAAUGCCUUUACCCUCAUUGGAUGUACCGUGGUGCCUGGGUACAAUGAUGCCGAUAUUGAAACCAAAACCUGGGGCGAAAUAAAGUCCUCAGAGUAGAGGGCAGCACCUCUCGAACCAUA